AUGGCAUAUGGUUUAAUGAGAAAGAGAGAAUUGUGUGUCCUAUGCUAUAAUGGAAUCAUUGGUUCAUCUCUUGACGAAGAUUUGCGUACCACCGUGGAGCCAUCUCUCUGA